AUGACUCUUGAAACGGGAUCAUAUUGCUUGACGAAUUCCGUGAACUCAGACGAACCUGCAGGUGUCUCUCAAGAUGAUUCUAAAAGCCAACCCGGAACCAACCCGAACGAAUCCCCGUCGAAGCUUCCCAGCAAGCCCCCAAACACGAACCAAGUGAAAUCUAUUACCCAGGCCGAUGCUGAGCUUCGCGAGAAGAUGGAACGAAUGUCGGGAGAAGGGGGUGCUGCCGGAGUAGAAUAUGAAGACGGGAAACCAAGUGCCAUGAAACGUGGCGUGCGAAACAACAUGUUCCGGCUGAUCUGA